AUGGCUGAAGGAAAACCAAAACAACAUUCUCCUGAUUUUUUAUCACAAGUUUUUACAUGGAAUAAGGAACAAAAAAUGGAAAAUUUGGGAGCAUCAAACUCAUUGAACAAUGAGGAAGGAAAUGAGAGCCAAGGAGACGAUGAAACAGUUUCGGAAAGAGAAAACAGCAAAUCCUUGAGCAAAUCAGCAGAAGAGGAAGAAGAAAAUGGAAGCGACGGUCUGGGAAACAGUUUAUCGAUACUGGUAGGAGGAAUCUGUUUACACUUUCUGCAACGCGGUCUACAGGGAAGUGCAAUUCAUUGA